CACCAUAUAUCUCAAGUCCUCUCAAGGCAAUUAAGAAACAAUAACCAUUUAUCAAAUAUGGAUCCAAAGAAGUCUAACAAGAUAACAGAUAUUGUUAGGCUUCAACAAAUCCUCAAGAAGUGGAAAAAGGUUGCUACAAAUGCUUCCAACAACAACAAUAACUCGAGGAGUAGUAGUAGUAGUAGCGGUAGUAGCAACACUAGUAAUAAAGGUAUCAAGUUUUUGAAACGAACAUUGUCAUUCACUGAUGUGUCUAUUUCGAAUGUGGACGCCGUUCCAAAAGGGUUCCUAGCUGUUUGUGUAGGGAAAGAGCUGAAGAGAUUCAUUAUUCCGAUGGAUUACUUAAAACACCAAGCAUUUGAGGUGUUGCUUCAAGAAGCUGAAGAGGAGUUUGGUUUCCAACAAGAGGGUGUGCUCAAAAUUCCAUGUCAAGUAUCAAUAUUUGAGAAAAUAUUGAAGGUGGUGGAAGAUAAAAAAGAAGCCUUAAACUUGCAUGACUUUGGAUUCAAUGGAGAGAAGGACAUGGUUAGUUGUGAUGUUACCCCCACUCAUCAUGCUCAAGUUUGUAGAUGAAUGUCUUUGAUACAAUUAAGUCUUGCUUUUUUCUAGUUUUUCAUUUGAUUUGUGAAAGGCAAUAUGUUAAUUAAUUGAUUAAAAAGAAGUGACAAUCAAGGUCUCUUUGAAUGAAAUUGUUGGGCGGAUAUAAUAUGGCAUUAAUUUGUAUAUGCAAUGUCAUGUGAAAUUAUUUUAGGCAUACAUAUAAUUAAUAAUGUGUUAAAAUUACACUACUCUUGUCAUAUUUAUUUCUUAGAAUUGAGCAUUGGGUGACCCGA